ACGAUGGAAACGUUGGAUAGAAGCUGGUUCGUCUGACCCUAAAUCCAGCCGCAUCGUCAGCGACUUUUGACCGAAACAUAACGCUCAUCCCUCACUCGAUAUGACUGAUACAAUGACUUUGUUGAUAAACAUGAACAGAAUUAAUACAAUGCUGUGCCUUGGUGCUGGUUGUUUACUUGAGAUAGUGCUUAGGGUGGCUUGCGGCUGCAGCUGUGGUCGUGUUGGCCGCUUAUAUUGUGAUUCCACACCACCAAUGCAGUCAUCCCUAUGUUGGCUUGUUUCUUGUAGUUUAAUCAUGCCAUUCGGUGCAGAGCCUCGUUCAGUGAAGAAACAUCCUUGUGCAGUUUGUGUUUUUUGAUGAUCCUUAUGUUUGUCGGUGACCCAACUCGCCCAAUCAU